AUGCCGCUACAGAUUGUCUCGAGAUAUCCACGAUCCCAACCGACUACAACACCAUCAGUAACUUCUUCCCGCCACAGGCUUCCCUUCUCGACCACCUUGAACUCUAGAUUAGAACCUCUUCUGGCUUCGAGCAUAGAUUUGCACUGCAUGUACUCCAACAAGUCAUACCCGACGACCGCCAUGUCUGCUUCUUCCUACAAUAGCCAAGGAGGAACCUGGCAAGAGCGACUUGAAGACGCCUGCCGCGAGGCUAACAUCUUGCCUCCCGUCUUCCAAAUCGUCUCUGACCGACGUGGCGGCCGCACAGCUUGGUCCAGUCGAGUCACGGUUCACGGACGCACUCUCUCCGCACGAUUUUGGUACGACGGCAAGAACCUCAACAACGCGAAAGAAGACGCCGCCGAAAUGGCACUCAAUUAUCUCACCGGCUCCAAUCCCAGCUCUCCGGCGAACAGCAGGGGGAGCUGGUGA